AUGUCAACUGCAUCAAGUGCUAUAUUAAAAUAUAUUGCUCUCGGUGCAUCUGAUGCUGUUGGUGUAGGAACAUUACAACCAACAAAAGAUGGUUGGGUACCAAAACUUGCUUCUUUAGUCAAUGCACAACAAACAAUGAAUCUCGGUCGUAGCGGAUCAACACUUCGUGAUGCUAUGAAGGAACAAUUACCAAAAGUAUUAGAUCAAAACCCAAAUAUAAUCACAAUUUGGUUAGCUGUUAAUGAUUUUAAUCAACAAGUUUUUAAUCCAUCAAUAUUAACAAAUUAUAAAUCAGAUUUAAAUAAAAUGUUAUCUCAAUUACGAACAAAAUUAACUAAAGAUACUCGAAUACUUGUUGGAAAUAUACCUGAUUUAUCGCAAGUUAAUAUUUAUGCAUCAUUUGGUAUACCAAAAGAACUUCUUAGUGUGCGAGUUAAAGAAUGGAAUGAUGCAAUCAAUGAUAUUGUACAAAAAAAUCAAUGUGAAUUAGUAGAUUUAUUUGCAUAUUGGAAAGAAUUAGCUUCACAUCCAGAAUAUAUAUCAUUCGAUGGAUUUCAUCCAUCUUCUGAUGGAUAUACUCGACUUGCCGAAAUAUUUUAUCAACAAUAUUCAAAAAAAUAA